AUGUUUCCCCAAAUUAUGGAAAGUUCGGCGCAACAGUUCGCCCUACAUGGCCUCUGUAACUGGGCCAAAGCUGUUUCAUGUUUCUCCCAUCAAUUUCUGGUGCUGCCCGAGCCACGUGCCGGGGGGUUCGCUGGUCAGAGGGCAGAGAAGCGCCGUCACACGCGGGGCUGUCCCGGCAGCGGCGGGCGAGUGCCGCUGCACACGCGGGCAAACGGGACGCGGCAGCGCACACCGGGGCCGGAGCAGGUGAAGAUGACACCGGCUGCCGGUCGCUCCCGGCCCUGUCUCGCCCCGAGCAGAGGGAGAGCCACAUGGGCUGCGGAGAAAGGAGUGCCCGAGCCGAGGGUCAGCACUGCCGCCCUCCCGCCCGCCUCUGGCCCCACCACGCCGCUCCCCGAGGCUCCGCCGGGCGCUCGCAGCCGUCGCCCCGCGCAACGCCGGCAGACACGGAGGCUGCGGGCGGGGCGGGCACCGGUGGCCGCAAUGUCGGAAGGCGGCGAGCGGCAGGCGGCAAAGCCCGACCGCCUGGCGCUGGAGCUGGGGCGGGAGAGGCAGAAGAAGCAGAUGCUUGAAAUCUCAAUAUUUGAACUGAGAAACACUGUAACAGAACUGGAAAAAAGACUUAACAGUAUUGAAGAUGAAGGUAAUGAAUGGAAAACCAGAUAUGAGACACAAGUAGAAUUGAACAAACAGCUGGAAAGGCAAAUUAAUAUCCUUCAAGAUAAGGUGGAGCUUAUUCGUGGAAAUCCAGCAGAUAAAUUGUCCAUUGUUCGCACAUUUGAUCAUAUGCCUGUGGGUUCCUUAAAGGAGGUUCUUAAACAGCUGGAAGAAGAGAAGAGUCGUCUCCAGAGUCAGCUAAAGGACUAUGAACUUAGACUGAAACAGGAAGCAAAGGCUUACCAUAAAGCUAAUGAUGAGCGGUGCACGUACCUCUCAGAGAUCCUACAGACCUCAGCUCCACUUAAAAUUGUUGAAAGGCAAAAAACAGAUGCUCUGACUGGCAAGGGAGAAAAACAGAUACUGAGAGGGAGAUACAGUGUUCCAGGAAACCCGAAGAUGGUUAGUCCUCGAAAACGAUCAAUUAAAAAGACUGUAGGAGUGAACAAGCUUCCACAACUAAAGCACUGAUAUAAUGUUCCUGCCAAGAAUUUCCAGUCACUUUUAAAAGUGAUUAAAAGUUUCUAAAUUGAAAAUGAAAGUAUUAGUGCCUUAUUGUAAUGCCAGAACCAGAUUGGCAUGUCUUCUUGGCAGCCUUAAUGUAAGUGUGCCUCUGUCUAAUGGAAUUUUUCUUCUAGUUGCCAUCUUUCCACUGGUGAUCUCUGAUCCUUUCCAUUCUGCUUCACAUCAGUGAUUCUGGGUGUGAGGAUGUUAGAAUACUUGGAGAAUAUUUAAUGUCUUUAUACACUAUGUAGACCCUUGAGCUCUGCACAUUAACCAUGGAAAACAAACAUGCCUCUAGCGAUUUUGACCUCUCAACCAAGAAGAAGAAAAAGGCAAACUGAUGUAACCUAUUGUCUCAAACAUAACCUUUUUAAAAGCUGGCUUACCACAGAUCCUAUGUUGACUCCCACUUUCUGUCUGCAUGGUUCAGAAGCACAGCACCAUUUCCAGCUACUUUAGGCAGUAGUAAUGGGUAGAAAUAACAGAAAAAUUGAGCACUUUUUAUUAAGGAUUCUUCAGAGCCUAUCUUAUCAAGAGGUUGUUUCUUUUAAACACUAUAUCCAUAUUAUUUUUCCUGAUAUUGGUAUGUUACUCUUUGAAAUUUGAACUCUCAGAUGAACCCUUGUAUCCGAAGUCUGUGUUCCAUAAAAAUCUCUUGUAUUCUUCAGUGGCACUGAUCCCUAUACUUUUAGGGUCCAAAAUAGUGCCAGCCCUAAAAUUCAUCUCUUCAGUGAAAAUAGAACUACUUUGUCUUUUCAUUCUUAAGCAUGCAAUUAUUGUUGCAGUUUUAUUACCUACAUUUUAGUCAUUAAACUUCAGCAGAAAUUUUUCAAGUGGCAACAGGAAAAAAGUUUUGGUAAUGAAGCUUCAAGCCUCUGGGUUACAUGUUAAAAGGUCUUGGCAGAGCAAAUGUGAUUGCUUGACUGCCCUUUAUUAUGUUAAGAGCAUCCCUAGCUCUUUGCAGUAUGAAAGCUUUUUGCCUCUUUAAGAGCAGUACUAAUAGUUCUUUAUUACUGGCAGCAUUAAAGUGUUGCUGUAAUUAAACUCAUCCAGAAAGACCAAGGGUGUCAUUCUGAAAUGCAGAGGGAAAAGACCUGCAGCCUAUUCAGUAUGGAAACCCCAUUUUUUUCUCUUACAUAGUAUGAAAUUUAUUAUGAAUAUUUCUAAUAUUACCAUAAUGCACCUGGUAUUAUUCUUUCAUAAGCAGGGUGAUCUGCCUGGCCAGUUUUUUUCUCACAACAUAGCACAGCUGAUUAGGUUAGCACUCUUCUGUUCCUGUUUUUCGCCUGGAAAAUUUCUGAAGGUUGAUUGUGCUGGCAUUUGUCUUUGUGGAUAAGAAUAGGGGAAAAAUCUCCAUAAUGGUCCUAUUGGCAUAAAAGACAAGGGACAUCUGCAGUAGUAAAGAAGAUUGAGUUCUUGGAUUCACGCAGCAGACAUUUACUACUGCUGAAUCAAAUGUUAGUUAAUGCGCUCAAGUCUGGACCCUAUAGAACCUCAGAAUAGGUGGAAACAUUGCACAAAUACGGCAGAACAGCAUUUAUUCACAGCAGGAGACUUGGAUGCUUCCCUCAUGCGUGGUCCACACUGAGGACUUAAAAAGAGACUUUUUUUGAAGCCUAAAAAGAGACAUUUAUUGGUACAUUUUGGUACAGUAAUGACCUAAGGAGAAGAGCAGAUAUAUCCUAUUUAGUCCCUGUUUCAGCUUGCCAGGAGCAAUCUCGGGAUUUGAAACUCAGUAGUAUGAUAAUUAAGCACUAAAACAUUCUAAUUCUAAUCCAAUGUCCAGCUGUAAUGUUUUCUGUGCAAAGUGGUUAUAGUUCUGUACUCUUACUUUGAAUUACUUGGCAUUUCAUUUUCUUUCUGUCUUUCUGAAAAUAAGGACAAACCCGAUGAUUAAGUUUGACAACUCUCCUUUCUUUGCAACAGCAAAUGAAGAUUCUGGUUUCAGAAAUGCUGUGUUAUCUCUUUGGACCUAAAAAAAACUUUUACGCUUCUAGCUAUCCCCAACCAUGUAGGAAUUUUUUGUUUGGUUUGGUGGUUUUGGGUGGAUAACUGUUUUGAAAUUCCUGGAUUUAUCUGUGUGGGAUUUUCUUACUGCUAUUGUAUUGUCCUGUGAAAUGCGGUUUGUUGCCAUUUACACAAUGAACAGUUACAAAGCUUUAUACAAUAUCUUCUAUAGGAAUAUUUCAGCACAUUUAGGAUUAAUUAAUCCUUCAAAGCAUAGUAUGUAUUAUUAUUUUAGGCAUAGAAGACAGAAUCACAGUUAGGUUUAUUUAAAGUAGAUAUAAGAGUGUAGUGAUGUCGGGUUUUCCCCUGAUCUCACAACAGCGUGAUUUUUUGUAAAGUUGCUGACCACUGCAAGGUAAAUCCUGUCUCCUCUAAAGUCUCCGUGCAUCAUACAUGAAACUGAAGGAAUCUGAAAGCAAAAAUGGGAAACUGAAUUGCUGACAGCUGUGGUCAGUGAUUGAAUGGAGCUAAAUAUCAGAGGCAGACAGGAUCAGAGGUGAAAGUUUGAGUCUGGCCAAACUUCUUUCUGCAGCAUAGAAUGUAAUGGGAUUCCAGAUAUACUGGUUGUAGUGUGUAAGUGCUGUUCAUAAGUGUACUGGGAAAUUUGGCACUUGAGAGGAUGCUUCCUUUACAUGGUUACUCAUGUAAGUCCACUGAUUUCAGAUGAGUCAUGAUUUUGAGGUAACUAAGGCAUUUUAAGUAAUUACCCAUUUUGUUUCUGGAAAAUAUAAAUUUAAAAGCUCAAAAUUUUAAAAAAAGCCCUGUUUUUUCCUUUUAAAGUCUCAUGAUUUAAGAGGGUAUUGAAUAAUGAUUUUUGUUUUUAAUGAAUCAGUAUUGCAGCAGUGUAUUAUUCUAUGAUAGAAUAAAAUUCAAAUGUUUAUUGGA